AAAAAAAAAUUGAAGAGCGCAUGCGUAGAGUAGCUCCUUCCUUUUACCUCGUUGCCUUUCUGAGAGCAAGAUGGGUCACCAGCAGCUGUACUGGAGCCACCCGCGAAAAUUCGGCCAGGGUUCUCGCUCUUGUCGAGUCUGUUCAAACCGGCACGGUUUGAUCCGGAAAUAUGGUCUCAAUAUGUGCCGCCAGUGUUUUCGUCAGUACGCGAAGGAUAUAGGUUUCAUUAAGACAGACCUGAGCUCUCCUCCUUCGUGCUGCCUAUGGAGGUGGCAGCCACCUCCGAAAUGGCCAACUCCUCCAUCAUGGCCACCCUCAGACCCCUCCUGAAGCCCAAGGUCGUCAAAAAGAGGCCCAAAAAGUUCACGGGGCACCAGUCAGACUGACAUGUCAAAAUUAAGUGUAACUGGUGGAAACACAGAGGUGUUGCCAGCAGGGUUCAUAGAAGGUUGAAGGGCCCGAUCAAUGCCCAACAUUGAUUGUGGGAGGAACAAAAAGACAACGCACAUACUGCCCAGUGGCUUCCGGAAGUUCCUGGUCCACAGCAAUAAGGAGCUGGAAGUACUGCUGGUGUGCAGCAAAUCUUAACUGUGCUGAGAUCACUCAUGAUGUUCCCUGCAAAGCCGUCUUGGAAAGAGCAGCCCAGGUGGUCAUCAGAGGCACCAAUGCCAGUGCCAGCCUGCACAGUGCAGAAAGUAAAUAGACACUGAAUGUUCUUGUUUUAUUGGGGUUUAAAUAAAACCAAUAAAACUAGAAAAACAAAA